AUGGCUUGGAGUGAGUGUAAAAUGUUAUAUUCCCUUACCUUUGCAGAUCCAUCAUACUCAGCCUGGUACCAAGUGCCGAAACCAGGCCCUGGACCGUAUCCGUCACCAAGCGCUUAUGAAAGACCACCACCGAGCUUUGAGAGGGGGUAUCAUGGAUACGGAGUUCCACGUCACGGUGGAUACAAUCCCGAAGGAAGCAUGAUGCCGCAGAUGCCGAGAAAAACACCUGUAAGCGGUUACUAUCUACACCAUCAACAGUCAAUGGUACCUUCAGCACCAGACGUAAGUCAAUUAGAUCAGCUCGAGAAGUUCUGGUCUGAAAUCAAAUUUAUUCUUAAAGUUCAGAGUUAA